UGGACCUGCGAGAAAGGGUCGAGGUCACAGCUGUGGCAACCCAGGGUCGUUUCGGGAGCCCAGAUUGGGUUACGAGUUACAUGUUGCUGUACAGUGACACAGGAAGAGCUUGGAAGCAGUUCAGACAAGAGGACAACAUAGGGGUGAGUUAUCCAAGUACUCUUAUAAAUAAUCCAGACUUUUAUUAUAUUUAUAAUGCAUUAGUACUUCAGUCAGGGCAAUAAGCAUUGUAAAAGCUUUCCGGAUAAUGUGGAUCAGGGGGGCUUUUAUGACCGGAAUAAAAUGCAUUCACACCCAUAAUCAUUAAGCAUCUAUGUCUUUAACUAAGUCAUAAUAAUUUACUAGGAUAAAUGAACACAUCCUUCCCUGCACUGUCAGACACUGUCGGCACACACUUCCCAUCCAAAACCAGCCACCCACGAAAUGUUCAAAUUUUAAUUACCGACUUGAAUUUCACUUAAACGCCCAAACUAAGAUUAAAUACACCACCUAUCUUGAGUGACGUGACUUUAUAUCCCUGCCAAAACUUAUUUCAUGGUCUCCUGACCUCACCGGUCACUGGCAGUGCAGCUAAAAUCCUUGUCUUCCCAACUUGAAUUAUGCUUUUUUUUUGUUUUUUUUUUGAUAGUUUUAUUUUGACAACUUUGGAAUCGAUUGGUGCAGCCUUUGCACCACAAGAGACAGCAGUUGCAUUGCCUCCACACUUACAGGCAAACAAAUGGGCUUCACCCUCCUCUUCUGAAUCAAUAGUAGUCAUUUCAAAGCUCCAUCAUUCCCCGGCGUUCUUAUUUAGCGGCGGCUCAAAGAGAGCUGGGGCGAAACAUUACUGAGAUCUUACUUGCCUUCUCUGUCAUCUCUCAUUACGAAAGCUUGGAUUCCUGCUAAUGUAAUGAUUGGAACUAAACAAACAGAGAGCAGGAGGAGGAGGUGGAAGCGGAGGUGGUGUAUAUAUUUUCUAUGGCUAACUCGUCUCAUUACAACUUUUUUUAUUUGACUUUUUUUGUUCAAUGAUGGUUUAAUGUUCGGUUCUUUUAUCUUCCACCCAGCAGGAGGAAAAAAAAAAGGUGCUGAUUAGUUUGAGAACGGAAUUUAAUGGAAGUCUUUGAAGGUGUGAAACAUUUUAAUGAGUGGAAGAUUAAAAGACGUGGAACAUUUUUAAAGUGCGGUAGGUGCCUCCCGGUCGUGCCAUUUUUCUGGAAGGCGCUACAGCUGGAGGUAGGACCCCCAGCUAUUCUAAAACUGGAGGUUUAGAUUAGCAUUGACGCUUUGAGUGCAGCUUAAAGAAACUAACGCUGCCAGAGGCUCCCCGCUAACUUUUUGUGUUAGUUUUUUAAAUCUUAGGUAAAUGCAGCUUGGCAAAAGUUCAGCUCUAUGUAUAGAUAAUCAACUCUCUGACUUUGGAAGAGUUUCUUUUAAGACUUUCCCUGGAAACUCAAAUUCCGAUGUAAUUGUUCACCACAAACUCUCACACUCCAUAAGAACACGUUUUCUGCGGUUCUUGCCGGUGGAUUGGAGUCCCGGGGGAUGGAUGGGCCUCAGAGUGGAAGUCUAUGGCUGUGCAUACAAGUCGGAUGUCGCAGACUUCAAUGGAAGAAGCUCUUUGCUGUACCGGUUCAAUCAGAAGUCCACCAGCACGGUGAAAGACGUCAUCUCGCUGCGGUUUAAGAGCCAGCGUGCGGACGGGGUCCUUGUGCAUGGAGAGGGACAAAGGGGCGAUUACAUAACACUAGAGCUGCAUAAGGGCCGACUGGCCCUGCAUAUCAAUCUGGACGACGCUAAGACGCACCCCAGCAGUGGCCAUGUUUCUGUGUUUCUGGGUAGUCUUCUGGACGACCAGCAUUGGCACUCCGUCCUGAUCGAGCGAUUUAACAAACAGAUCAAUUUCACUGUGGACAGACUAACCAAACACGUGAGGACAGGUGGGCUCGAUGAUUCGCUGGAAGUCGAUUAUGAGCUCAGUUUUGGAGGCAUCCCUCUUCCUGGAAAACCAGGCACGUUCCUGCGGAAAAACUUCCAUGGAUGUAUGGAGAACCUCUACUACAACGGUGUCAACAUCAUCGACCUAGCCAAACGACGCAAACCUCAGAUCUACAGUGUGGGGAACGUGACUUUUACCUGCUCAGAUGCUCAACUGGUUUGCGCCACCUUUCUGAGUUCCAGCAGCAGUUUUUUAUCGCUUCCACUGGAUGCUGCCACGGAAACGCUGUCGGUGACCUUCCAGUUCCGAACGUGGAACCGGGAAGGGAUGUUACUGUCAGCCUGGCUGAGGCGAGAGUCUGAGAGACUGCUUUUGCUUCUCAUUCAUGGGCAGCUUAGAUGCACGCACCACAGAUCAGCCCUUCAAAGCUCUGACAUAGUCAUCGGUCAGGCUCUGAGUGACGGGCAGUGGCACACGGUGUCCAUUAGCGUGGGAGGUUUCCAAGUUUCCCUCUCAGUGGACGACGAGCCACCAUCCACCAUGCAGCUGAAGGAGAUCGCACAGCCUGGGAAGAGUGUGCUAAUUGGCGGUUGCCCAUCAGUGUUAACCAAUCAGGGCUGUCGGAAUCCGACACUGGCCUAUCAAGGCUGCAUGCGUUCUGUUAUCAUUAACAACCAGCCAAUCAACUUCUACCUGGUGCAGCAAGGCUUGCUGGGAAACUACAGCAAGCUCCAGUUUGACAUCUGUGGCAUUCAUGACAGAUGUCUUCCUAACUAUUGUGAGCAUGAUGGGGAAUGUUCUCAGUCCUGGAACACAUUCUUCUGUGACUGCUCGGGAACAGGGUACACAGGAGCCACCUGUCAUAACUCCAUCUUUGAACCCUCCUGCGAGGCCCACCGGCUCACAGGAAGUGCCUCAGGAUAUUUCUCAAUCGAUCCAGAUGGAAGUGGACCACUCAAAUCCACCGUAGUCUACUGCAACAUAACCGAUGAUAAGGUUUGGACGGUAGUGAAUCACAACAGCACAGAAAUGGUGAGAGUUCAAGGGUCGUCCCUUCAAAAGCCCCACGUGAUGAAGUUCAACUACAGUGCGUCUCUGGAACAGCUGCGGACUCUUGUGGGCAGGUCUGAACAGUGCCAACAGGAAGUUGUCUAUCUCUGCAGGAAGUCCCGCCUCUUCAACACAUGGGAUGGGACGCCCUUGUCCUGGUGGCUGGACCGGGUGGGAGAGAGAAGGACAUACUGGGGUGGAUUUCUCCCCGGGGUGCAGCAAUGCGCCUGCAGCCUGGAUGAGAACUGCAUCGAUAUGAACCACUUCUGCAACUGUGAUGCUGACCGCAGCUCAUGGGAGAAUGACACAGGAGUUUUGUCCUACAAAGAGCACUUACCAGUGACCGAGAUCUUGGUAGGAGACACAAACCGAACUGGGUCAGAAGCGAUAUACAGAGUCGGAUCUCUCCACUGCUACGGGGACAGGUUUCUGUGGAACGCCGCCUCCUUCUACCAGGAGUCGUCCUACCUGCACUUUCCCACGCUUCAGGCCGAGCUCAGCGUCGACAUCUCGCUCUAUUUCAAAACCACUGCUCCCUCCGGAGUCUUCCUGGAAAAUCUGGGCACAAAAGACUUCAUUAGAGUGGAGCUCAGCGCGCCUUCUGUCGUGACCUUCACGUUUGAUGUGGGCAAUGGCCCAGUGGUUCUGACGGUAAAGUCUCACGUGCCGCUGAACGACAAGCAGUGGCAUUACGUACGAGCGGAGAGGAAUGUGAAGGAGGCGUCGCUGCAGGUGGACCAGCUGCCCUUGCGCUUCCUGGAGGCCCCAUCCGAAGGCCACACCCACCUUCAGCUCAACAGCCAGCUGUUUAUUGGAGGCACUGCAUCGCGGCAGAGAGGAUUUCUAGGGUGCAUCAGGUCAUUAAAUAUUAACGGCAUGACGCUUGACCUUGAAGAACGGGCUAAAAUGACCCCUGGGGUCAGUUCGGGGUGCCCGGGUCACUGCAGCAGCCAAAACAGCUUGUGUCACAACAGGGGGAAAUGUAUUGAGAAAAGCAGUGGCUAUGUUUGUGACUGCACACACUCUGCCUACGGAGGACCCAGCUGCAAGAAAGAAGUUUCUGUGUCCUUUGAAAGUGGGUCUUCGGUGACCUACACCUUCCAGGAACCGUUUUCCGUGAUGCGCAACCAUAGCCGUCAGUCCUCAGCUAUCUUCGCCCAAAGCAGCAAUUCACGAGAGAGCAUCGCAUUCAGUUUCCUCACCACUCAAACGCCCGCCAUGCUUCUGACAGUCAACACCUAUCAUCAACAGUAUAUGGCCAUUAUUCUGGCUCACAACGGGAGUUUGCAGAUUUGGUAUCGGUUGAACAGAGAGAAAGAGCCUGACAUCUUUAUGCCAACAUCUCUUAAUUUGGCUAACGGAGAGCUCCAUAGAGUCCAGAUCCAUAGAGAGGGAAGGGACAUGUAUGUCCAGAUUGAUAAAGAUACCAAUCUGAAAUACAGCCUGUCCACGGACAAAGAGUUAAUCACGAUAAGGUCUUUGACAUUGGGGAAAGUCACAGGUCGAGCUGGUGUAGAUGAGGAGGUUCUCCAAGCAGGGUCAAAAGGUUUCAUCGGCUGUCUAUCUUCAGUUCAGUUCAACCAUUUGGCUCCUCUCAAGGCAGCCAUAUUGAAUCGAGGCAGCUCGUUGGUCAACGUUCUUGGUAACCUGGUAGAGUCAAAUUGCGGAGAGCUGGCAGAUAAGUCUUCAUCCAGAUCUUUUUCAGAUCACACAGAUACAGGAAGUAGAGGGAAGAAACUUACAAACUCUACCCAAAAUGAUUCCGCAGUAAUUGGAGGUUUGAUAGCAGCAGUAGUGCUCAUUACCCUCUGCGCCGUGGCCGUGAUGACCCGUUUCCUGUACCGCCAUCGACACGAACGUAACCGGCAGCUGGCCACCGUCAAGGAGAAAGAUCACCAGCCCAGGCCAGAACUUCGAUAUCGGGCUGAGUUGGACCUACACAGUGCCAUGAGAGACAGCAGGAAAGAGUACUUCAUCUGACCUGUGGCAUACGAAACUCGUGACCCCCACUGAGUCGCUGUGACCCUGUGUUGUGUGCCAACUCAGUGGACAGGGAUCGGGGGAUAGGAAGUCAGCUGAGCCUUGUGGACACAGCCAGUGCCCUUCACCCUCCCAACCACUGUCCUUUAGCAUCCAGGAUUCAGGGAACAGAAAGUUCACAACACAGAUACGUUGAACUAUAGUGGUACGCAAGCAGAGUGGUGGAUUUUAACAGACCAGGUUGAAUUUGGUGGUUAUUUGCUGCAGUUUUAAACAAAAUGUUCCCAAGAGUUUGAAGAUCAGGUGGCUUCAAAGCUCUGAAGCCGUACCCAAACAUGGCCUUCAGCCCUUCGCAGAGGAUGGAGAAUCAAACGUUUGAAGCGACACUUUUGCUUUCAGGGCUAAUUAUUUAACCAGACAACAAAGAGAUUACAGGAUCGUUUGUGUGCGCACACAUGCGAAUCACUCUGGCAGACAAACAAACACUCGACGGUUCCAUUCUGUGGACCGUGACCAAUCAAAUGGCUCUGGUGUCGUACUAAUCCGGCACGAAUGGUCUUGUUCAGCCACGGGCGAGCACAAUGUAGUAAUGCAAAUAAAGUGGGUGAUGUUACCAGUGA